GAACUUUCUUCGAGGUGUCUUCUCUGGAGCUCCGCGGCUCCGGACGCCCUCUGUCUGCACAGCCAUUGAUUGACAUCGGCGAUCACUGUCAAUCUGAGUGACCAACAUGUCCAUCUACUCCCAAUUCUUCGUCCCCAGAGCCAAGUUCCAUGUGAAUGACAUCCCCGAUCUCACAGGCAAGGUGAUGCUGGUGACGGGCGGGUACAGUGGGAUUGGAUACGAGACUACGAAGGCACUGCUGGCACAUGGCGCAAAAGUGUACAUCGCGGGACGGAGUCGAAAGGGAGCUGAGGAUGCGAUGCGCCAAUUUCGAGCCGAACUGCCUGACGCGCAGGUCGCAUUCAUCCAGCUUAACCUUGCCGACUUGCCCACGAUUAGGAGCGGGGCGGAGGAGUUCCUCAGGCUGGAGACCCGGCUGGAUGUGCUGUUCAACAACGGCGGCGUCAUGGACCCGCCUGUGGAUCAGCUCACCUCACAAGGCUACGAUCUGCAGUUCGGAACAAAUGUUCUCGGGCAUUUCUAUCUCACGCAACUGCUCCUCCCGACGCUCCUCUCCACAGCACAGCUCUCCUCUGACGGCAAAACACGUGUCAUUCACACCGCCUCGCUUGGAAACGUAUUUGCGCCCGGACUUGACUUCUCAACGUUCCGCGACGAUCCGAAGCGUCAGAAAAUGGGCUCGACUAAGUUGUACAACCAGAGCAAAUUGGGCAACGUCAUUUUUUCUGCCGAGCUAGCGCGACGGUACGGUGACCAGGGACUGGUCUCAGUUGCGUUGAAUCCCGGAAAUCUCAAGACGGGUAUUGCGAGACACUGGAAGAGUUUCGGACAGCGCGUGAUGAAACUUUUUGGACAUCUCAUCGUUUAUCCAGCACACAUGGGAGCGCUGACUCAGUUGUACGCUGGGACAACUGCCUCUGGUGCUGAGCUCAACGGAAAGUAUCUGGUUCCCUGGGCAAGGGCGGGUAAGCCAAAUCCACUCGCUGACGAUGAGACUUUGGGAAAAGAUUUGUGGACUUGGUUGGAGGAACAGAUAUGAGCCUUGAGCUCCGACUCCUGAACUGUGUUCCCUUUUUGAUACGAGUUGUUGAGAUCUAUUCAUGGCAGGGCCUACAGCUAUCGCCGAUGGAUCAGUUUCGGGAGUUGGGACCAUCACUUUCAGUCAUUGGAGUGAAAUGUGAUGGAGAAUGCCGCGAAAAUUCGUACAGAGACUCCUCGGGCGAUGACUCUCCCCAUGCCAUCUUCCGAAUUCUCGCAUCUCUAACCAUAGACGUUCCUUGUGAGACUUUCCUCGCAGCAUUGCAAAUGGAAUGGGUCAGGAGGUUCGUAUGUUAGGCAUCCUCUCUGGCAGCUCCUGCGCAAAGUUCAGCGAGAGGCAACACAUCCCUAAGGUAGCUUCCCGAGCCACUGUCCGCUCAGCCGUCGUCAUUCGGCAGUGGUAUCCGCGCUCCCAGACGCACUGGAGGAGUACCAUGUCAGGUUCAGCCCUGCGAGAUCAAUAUUGGGGCAGAGAGCGGCAUGUGACAGCGAGCAACUUUCUCAGAUAAGCACCGGUGUGAGACCGCACGCGGUACCAUUUAUCCGACCGGAGGCGGCGUAUAGGGACAGAGCCGCUGACUUCAGAUCGACAGAUGCAAGGCAGGUGCGUCGAAAGUCUCGAAUAUGAUUAGUGCCAAAUUCUCCCGAUCGACGUUGGGGUCGGAUGACGGCUCGGCCAGGAGUUCGGGCGGCUCCACUUGGACGACCUGGAGCUCAGAUAUUCUCCGCAUUCUCACAAAUCGUGGUGAUACCGCUCUUGAUGGGUUUGAGGUUCAGGCGGGGCGACCGCCGACCGGUUCCGUAUCCCGGCUCCCGGAAGCGUUAUUCCAGCCGGCAUUCAUUAGGGGCAGUCAAAGUACACGAUUCUCGCUUGAUUUGAACUUUGAUUCAGGUCGCGAUUCUGACAUCCUGAGAAGCGUGGGAGAAUCAAGGAAUUCUCGAAUCAAGCUGAAUCGGUGAAGCAGCUCCGGAGCUGCUUCACGCAACGAUUCUGCUUCGACUUCAAGUCCACUUAGUUUUUGAGGCCUCGCACAAAGCUUACAUGACAUCACUUUAAUUUGGUUCUUGUUUGUACUUUUUACACGUAACCUCCGAGUCCCAUGCCAAAGCCCAAGAAGGAUGGCGCCGCCGCCGCCGCCAAAGCUGGUAACGACAACCCGCUAGCUCCGAAAAAGAAGGGAAAGCCCAGAAAGGACAGGUCUGCCCUGCCACCCGCCGCACCAGACCUUCCCGAGCCCAGCCUUCUCGAUGCGGCACUCAAAGCUGCCGCAGACGCCGGAGACAUGGAGUAUGUGGAUUGUGGAAUGUGUCAUCUUCACUAAAUCCUAUCCGCCCAACGAUGUGGCAUUGCACGUGAGACGGAUCGUACGGUCCGGGGUCAC